AUGUCCUCUGUUGCGCAAAAACGUCUCUUCCACGAAUACAAAAACCUCUCAACCAACCCGCCCGACGGCAUCACCGCAGGCCCCGUCACAGAAGAUGACAUGUACCACUGGGAAGCACUCAUCCAAGGCCCCGAGGGCACACCGUUCGAAGGCGGCGUUUUCGCAGCCGAGCUUAAGUUUCCGAAGGAUUAUCCGUUGAGUCCGCCGACGAUGAAGUUUGUUGGGGGUGGGGUGUGGCAUCCGAAUGUCUACCCGAACGGAACAGUGUGCAUAUCCAUCCUCCAUCCUCCCGGCGAUGACCCGAAUCACUACGAACACGCCUCCGAACGGUGGUCUCCUAUCCAGAGUGUUGAGAAGAUCUUGAUUUCGGUUAUGAGUAUGCUAGCGGAACCGAACGACGAGAGUCCGGCGAAUGUCGAGGCAGCGAAGAUGUGGAGAGAGCGGAGGGCUGAGUAUGAGAGGAAGGUGAAGGAGGAGGUUAGGAAGGGGCUAGGGUUGUAG